GUACAUAAGGUGUGAAAUUGAGCAUGGAAAGUGAUCAAAACACAAGCAAGGAAAUUAAAGUUGAGAUUCCAUUAAGGAAUGAGGUGGUGUCAAGUACUAUAGAGUUACAAGGGGGUACAAAUGUAGGACAAGGGGGUGGACUUAUGAGACAACCUAGUAUGACCAAAACCAAUUGUCUAUGUUCACCAACAACACAUCCUGGUUCAUUUCGUUGUAGGCUUCAUCGUACACCUAGUCUUCAAAGGACCAAAAGCAUGGAGCCAGAAUCAAUUGCUGAUAAUCAUGGUUCUAUUGUUGAUGCUGACAAGGAUCGGAUUCAUUAAUCUUAUGUUUUAUUUAUUAAGAAGCUAUAGUUAGUUCUGUUCUUGUAUAAUUGUCUUGAGCUUAUGUUUGUCAUCUCACGUGUAGUGUUUAUGAAUUUUUCAUUUGUUUAUGGUGAUUAUAGAUUCUUGUGUGAUUUGAAGUUAGCCUAUGAAACGGAACGUUCCAAAACCAAUGUAUCUCUGUAUUUUGAAUAUGAAUCCUUUCAUUAAUUCUCCAUUUUAA